CAGGAUUCCUAUUAAAGACAAGGAUCCAUAGCACAUUCUCAGGUAGAGUCCCCACUCAACCAAAACUUAUCAGCAAACCAAACGAGCACGGAUAUUCCGUCACUAUAACGUACAGCGACAUUCUCGGCUAUGGCGGAUUCAGGAGACCUAAUUCAGUGCGGCAUGGCGCCAGUGUAGGUCUGGGAUUCGCGAUGGACGACAUCGAUCUGGAGCUUGGAGCCGAGGACGAGCACGGAGGAUUCGACACGCAGGCGCUCGUCCAGCUCCAGCAGCAGCACGAGCAAAUCGAGCGCUCGCUGCAUGGCGCGAGCUCCAGCAGCGCAUUGUCGCUCCAGGAGGCCGCUCAGCAGGAGCAGCAGGACAAAGAUCAUCAGCAGGGGCAGCAACAGGCUCCCCGGAAGAAGAAAGUGGUGAAGAAAUGGAGGGACGAAUGGGCCGACACUUACAAAUGGGCCUACGUUGCGCUCCAGGAGGGGAGUCCUCGAAUUUUUUGCCGCGUUUGCAAGGAGUUUGGCCGCAAGCACAGAAGGAAUCCCUAUGGGAACGAGGGCAGCCGCAACAUGCAAAUGAGUGCUCUCGAAGAACACAACAACAGUUUGCUACACAAGGAAGCACUGCGAUUGCAAGCAGCGUCUAGAGACAAGGGACAUGGAAUGCUCGAGCGUCCAGUUUAUAUCAAAGCUCUUCUAUCACGAACUUCCGAGUCUAUAAUCGAGGGUGUGGCAAGAAGAGAUCCAAAUGAAGCAGAGUUCAUCCAAGCGGUACACGAAGUUGUGCAUACUUUGGAACCUGUUCUUACCAAGUAUCCACAAUACGCUCAUGUCCUGGAGCGGCUUUUGGAGCCGGAAUGUAUCAUCAUUUUCAGAGUUCCGUGGAUGGAUGACAAAGGUGAAAUUCACGUGAACAGAGGAUUCAGGGUAAAUUUCUGUCAAGCUCUUGGUCCAUACAAGGGUGGCUUGAGAUUUCAUCCGUCUGUGAAUUUAAGCAUCAUCAAGUUUCUGGCUUUUGAUCAAACGUUGAAACAUUCAUUGACACCGCUCAAUCUGGGUGGUGCAAGAGGUGGAAGUGAUUUCGAUCCCAAAGGGAAGAGUGAUAACGAGGUUCUACGUUUUUGUCAGAGCUUUAUGGAAGAGCUUUAUCGCCACAUCAAGGCUCAUCAGGACGUGUUUACUGGUGACAUUGGUGUCAACUCCAGAGAAGUGGGAUAUCUUUUCGGCCAGUAUCGUCGUCUAACAGGCCAUUUUGACCUGUCUUCAGCAGGGUGGGCUAGUCGAAACAUUCGAAGCAUAGCGACUGCUGCCACGGGUUAUGGUCUGGUUUAUUUUGCGAAGUUUCUUUUGGCUGAUCUGAACAAGGAUCUAAGGGGCCUAAGGUGCGUUGUAAGCGGAUCUGGGAAAGUAGCUAUGCACGCAUUGGAAAAACUCAUCAACUUCGGUGCAGUUCCCGUGACCGUAUCAGACUCUAAGAGCUACUUGCUAGACGACGAUGGUUUCGACAAUAUCAAACUCGCUCUGAUAAAAGAAAUCAAGUUCCAACGGAAAAGCUUGCGGGAGUACACAAAGAGGUACUCGAAAGCACGCUUCUAUGAAGACGCGAAACCGUGGGGAGAGAAAUGCGAUCUCGCGUUUCCUUGCGCGACGCAAAACGAGAUCAAUCAUUCAGAUGCUUUGGCGCUGGUCAAUGCGGGAUGUCAAGUACUCAUCGAAGGGUCCGACAUGCCGUGCACAACGGAGGCUGCGGAGGUGAUUCGCAAGGCUGGAAUUUUCAUUGCGCCUAGCAAAGCUGCGAAUGCCGGAGGGGUGGCCAUUACGGACCUGGAGGCGAUGCAAAACAGCAGCUGCAUUCAACUCUCAGCGGAAACAAUCGACGCUCAACUCCAGGAUUUCGUCAGGACGAUGUACCUGAAGUGCCUGGGAGUGGCAAACGAGUAUGGAUUUCCCAGAGGAGCCCCAGAGUCACUAGUCUACGGUGCAAACAUUGCGAGCUUUCUCCGCGUUGCUCAAGCGCUUCUGGAACAAGGCUGUGUGUGACUGCGGGGAAAGGAAGAUAGCCUCCAUAUCCAUCCAUAUAUGCUAUGUACAGGUGUAAAUAGCAUUGAUCCGGACGAACUAAUCGUUCUAAAGAAGAAGAAGAAGAAGAAAAGAAGGAAGAAGAGGAAUAACUUUUGAUUUUAUGUACAAAACAAAAUAAUAACCUAAUGACUCGUGCCACGUGGAACGCA